UGUGAUCCAGGGCCGCAUGUGCAACGUCGCCCGUGAGAUGCCCAAACAUACAAGCCAGUUGGACAGGGAGGCUAUCUGACACGCCUGCCGCACCAUGACCCACAGGUUCAUCGGGGCGACUAUCUGGCACGUCUACGUUGCAGGCACUCCGACGGAAGCCCCGAACUCCUCCACUACCCCGGGUCCUCAAAGCUGCGACUGCUCUGUAUACAAAACUGUCGCUGUCACCCUUGUCAUCGUCAACGCAAUCGCCAUUGUUACAUUUCUCUGGAAGAGACGACAGGCAUGUCAGAAGCUUCAUUCGGAACGUUCUCCCGACGUUGUAGUGAUGGCAGAAGGCAGUACGUCUGAGUAUGCCACUGUGGCUGACGUUGUCGCUGCUGGAGAAGGGGAGCCUAACAAAGUUGUUGUUGGAGCGUCAGCUACUUCUGAAGUCAUCGUAGUCAACUCAACCUAUGUCUCGGCCGAUAAAAAGUGCUUGAGGAGCGGAAUGCCGUCAAAUAUAUCAAAGAACAGAUUAACACCGGCAGAAGACAGGAUGCCAGAAAAAGACGAGCUUGAUGAAGACACAAAAGAGCCAGAAACACCUGAACAAGACGCAAUUGAUGAAGUCAUAUUGGGACAAGAAACACUUUAUCAAAACAUACCGGUCCUCGACACAACUGUACAAGAAGCACGUGAUGGAGAUGCAUUGGAACAAGAGACAGUUUACCAUGAAAUACCGGAGCCAGACAGAACUGAGCAAGAUGUACUUGAUGAAGACACAUUGGAACAAGACACACCGGAGUCGGACGAUCUUUAUGAAGACAUAUCGGAGAUAGACACAACUCCCCACAACACACUUUACAACAUAUCGUAACUAAAGAAGAAACUCUUUAACAGUACGUAAUGAUAUUAUUGAUACAUAUCAAGUCACAGUUGAUACAGAUUCCGCUUAGUCGGACCCAUCUGAACACUCCCCGGAGCUAAACUGUAUCCAUGGUGGGCUUGGUUGUUCAACUUGUUGAACCGGAAGCUGGCAAGGGUAAUGGAGGCGAAGAACGAUUUGAUAUGCCACGAGUGGCGCUUAAAAUGUUGAAUGAAAUAUAUGUUACGUGAGUAAUGUUUAAAUAUGAGGCUGGAAAUCUGACAGCACAACCCUGUGAGGAAAUGGGUGUCGACCUUUGAAGGCGGCGAUAUUUUAUUUUGACAUUAAUAAUAUUUUUCGAACCGAAACGGAAGUACGUUGUCAAAAUCUGCUCGGUUCGCUCGUAUAUAGGAAGACUGGUCAUUUUCUCUCUGUUGCACAACUCUAUUUGCGCUACAGUUUGCCUCUGGUAGAUCAGACAAUGUUCAUGGAAUGUUUUUAUUCAUAAUUUCAUGUUUUCCUGCUUUGCAUCUGUACCCCAUGAUGCAUGAUUAAUCAUUAAAAUGUUCAGAGUUCGUGUCCUCUGUUUAUGUGGAUGACAUCUAAGCAACAGGAGACUUAGCGUUGUUGAACAGACAUGAGCUUCGAUCACUGAGGGCGUGUGAUUGCAAUAAAUCAAAUUCAAU